CCUUUAAGGCUGUAUAAAUAAUUUCAUAUGGUUACAAUGUUGUAAAAAUGUUUUAAUAAGUUAAGUAAUCCUUUCGAUCUUGUAAUAAUAGAUAAUUCAUAGUUUAAGUUGAAAAAAUAUUGUCGUGAAACGCUACUUCCGGUUUCGCCGCGCUACUUCCGGUUUCGCUGAGCCGUCUACAGGAUGUUAUGAAGUAGCCAUGUUGUGGAAUGCGGUCAGACUUACAUCUGUUGCCAUCUGCUGUGAUUCAUUAACGAGGCAAUGCCGUAAGUCGUGUGUCGUUUUAAUCUUAAUGUUUACGCUGAUAUUUUGCUAUUAUUUUGUUAACUUUAUUGGAUGAGCGCACUUUAUUUUCAUGUUCUCAUCAGCCAUUCGCUGACACUAUGUAACGUCUGUUGCAGUUUUCACCGCUCAGUAAAGAAAAUUACAAGCUAGUACAGUCUCCUGGGUUCUUUGCUGGUGGUUUAGCUAUGCGUUUCCUCAAGACGCUACAGUGAAAAGGCAGCAUCUGAUGUGUCAUCGUGGUCAAAAUGGCAGCAAGAAAUAAAUCUGCGACAAGUCAAACCGGCAGCACAUGCUCAUCCGUAGGAAGCGCUGCUCGUGCCCGAGCUAAAGCAGAAGCAGCAAAGCAUCUUUGAUCCUCUGGGUCUGUUGGCACCUGUCACUAUCCAAGGAAGAGCGCUACUCCGUGAACUAUCAUCAGAGUGUUCAGAAUGGGAUGCACCUCUUCCGGAGAACAAGCAAAACAAAUGGGAAAGUUGGAGAAAUUCCCUAGAAGAUCUUAAAGAGCUUCACGUCCCAAGAACCUACACAUCAACUUCUCUCAGGCAAGCAGAACGCAACAAACUGUAUUUAUUUUCAGAUGCUUCAACCAAAGCAAUUGGUGCUGUAGCCUACCUGAAAGCAGUCCAACAAGAUGACAAGGUUGAGGUAGGAUUCAUUAUUGGCAAGGCAAGACUUGCUCCUCAAUCAGAACCCACUAUACCAAGGCUUGAACUGUGCGCCGCUGUCUUGGCAGUCGAGAUGGCCGAUCUAAUUCAGGAGGAGUUAGACCAACAGCUGGAUGCAGUUCAUUUUUACACAGACAGUAAAGUAGUUCUCGGCUACAUCUGUAACGAGUCAAAAAGAUUCUACACAUAUGUCCACAACAGAGUGCAGCGUAUUCGUCAGUCCUCCAAGCCAGAACAGUGGCAUUAUGUGCGCACAGAGGAAAACCCUGCAGAUCAUGCUUCACGAUCACUCACACCAUCUCAACUGGCAAAAACAAUAUGGUUCACCGGACCAUCCUUCAUCUAUCGUUCAUCUGCAGAAACAAACCAAGCAAGUGGGAAGUUUGAGUUAAUUGAUCCAGAAAAAGACUGCGAAUUAAGGCCACAAGUUAAAACACUGGCGACUAACCUUCAAGUCCUCACAUGUAAAGGCUUCCAACGCUUCUCUACCUUCAAGUCAUUGGUCAGAGCGAUAGCUUUCCUCAUUCACAUCGCAAAAUCAUUCAAUGGCAGUAAUCCAAACAGAAAAUGCAAAGGAUGGCACAAAUGUCACUUACCUCAAACACUGGACGAAAUGACUCGCGCUAAACAUAUCAUUCUCAAGGAGACACAACGAGCAACGUUUGGAAAAGAACUGUUGGCUCUUCAAGCUGGAAAACCAAUUCCCACACAAAGCCCUCUACAAAAACUCAGCCCAAUCCUGGAUGAUGGCCUUAUAGUUGUCGGAGGCCGAAUCAAGCACUCUGAUUUUGAGGACUUUGAAAAGAACCCAAUAAUCAUUCCCAAGGACUCUCACAUUUCUCUCCUGCUCACUCGUCACCACCAUGAGCAAGUAAAACACCAGGGUCGCCACCUGACAGAAGGCGCAAUAAGGGCUGCUGGGCUUUGGCUUAUAGGUGGCAAAAGACUUGUCAACUCUGUGAUCCACAAAUGCAUUAUUUGCCGCAAACUACGUGGUAAACAGGAAGAACAACGCAUGGCAGAUCUGCCAUCAGAACGCCUUAAAAUGUGUCCUCCUUUUACUUAUGUGGGCCUUGAUGUUUUCGGGCCAUGGACAAUAACUACCAGGCGUACUAGAGGUGGACAAGCCCAAAACAAGCGCUGGGCCAUCAUGUUUAGCUGCAUGAGUUCGAGAGCUGUACAUAUUGAGGUGAUCGAAUCCCUGGACACAUCCAGCUGUGUAAACGCCCUGAGACGCUUCUUUGCUCUGAGGGGUCCCGCCAAAAGUCUUUUAUCUGAUCGAGGUACAAACUUCAUUGGGGCAUCCAAGGAGCUAAGAAUGGACAGUACAGUACAACAGUAUCUAAGUGACCAAGGGUGCAUCUGGGAAUUCAAUCCACCUCAUGCCUCCCACAUGGGAGGCGCCUGGGAGCGCAUGAUUGGUGUGGCUCGAAGAAUUCUGGACUCCAUGCUGCUUCAAAACAAGGUAGAACUAACUCACGAAGUGUUGUGCACUCUCAUGGCGGAAGUUACAGCCAUCAUAAAUGCAAGGCCACUUCUCCCAGUUUCAUCGGAUCCAGACAAUCCAUUCAUUCUGUCUCCGUCAAUGCUCCUCACACAGAGAUCGUGCCUUCUACCACCUCCUGGAGAAUUCUUGGAGAAGGACUUGUACACUAAGCAAUGGAGGCAAGUUCAGGCUCUUGCCAACCAGUUUUGGAUGCGUUGGAGGAGGGAGUACCUGCCCUUACUACAAAAGAGACAAAAAUGGACUCAAUCUAGAAGAAAUCUGCAAGUCGGUGACCUUGUUUUGCUCAAAGACAAGCAGGUCACACGCAACAGCUGGCCUAUGGCCCGGGUCACUGCAACAUUCCAUGGAAAGGACAAUCGUGUAAGAAGGGUCGAAGUUAAAGUCAGUGACCAAGGCAACAUUAAGACAUUUAUGCGACCAGUGACGGAAAUCAUCCUCCUCCUCCCCAAAGACUGAUUCUUUCAAGGUUUAGUUAAGCUUAUGGUGCCCCCUACGGGCCAGGCGGGGAGUGUGUUGCCUUUAAGGCUGUAUAAAUAAUUUCAUAUGGUUACAAUGUUGUAAAAAUGUUUUAAUAAGUUAAGUAAUCCUUUCGAUCUUGUAAUAAUAGAUAAUUCAUAGUUUAAGUUGAAAAAAUAUUGUCGUGAAACGCUACUUCCGGUUUCGCCGCGCUGCUUCCGGUUUCGCUGAGCCGUCUACAGGAUGUUAUGAAGUAGCCAUGUUGUGGAAUGCGGUCAGACUUACAUCUGUUGCCAUCUGCUGUGAUUCAUUAACGAGGCAAUGCCGUAAGUCGUGUGUCGUUUUAAUCUUAAUGUUUACGCUGAUAUUUUGCUAUUAUUUUGUUAACUUUAUUGGAUGAGCGCACUUUAUUUUCAUGUUCUCAUCAGCCAUUCGCUGACACUAUGUAACGUCUGUUGCAGUUUUCACCGCUCAGUAAAGAAAAUUACAAGCUAGUACAGUCUCCUGGGUUCUUUGCUGGUGGUUUAGCUACGCGUUUCCUCAAGACGCUACACAUA